GGUGACACACUACAUUUUUAAGCUCCAAAAAAGUAAUUCUAUAAGAAAACUAUCAAGGUUUACACAUUUUUACGCACGGAUUACGCACUUAAAUGGAAUAACUGGCCGGUGGAAAGUUGACUUCUUUGUAAUCCAACAAUUGGUUUGACUUUUCUCAGGGUGUGCAACAACCUUUGUGUGAAUCCUUCCACAAACACGCAAAACAAACUAACUAAGGCGCACAGGAAGGAGGGGAGCCGGGGAGUCAGAGGGUGUUUAAGAGUGAGAGAGAGGGAGGAGAGAAGGGGAGCCAAGUCUGGACCAGGUGAUCGAGUGCUAACAAACCUCCAAGGGGGCUGCCGGGUUCGAACACAGGAUAAAGCGACCAUGGUGCCAGCGCGCUGCCCGGGACUGGUCCUCAUCUUCCUCCUCCUCCUCCUCCUGGGGUGCACCGUGGUUGUGUGCCUCGGCCAGAACGACACGGAGCCCAUCGUGCUGGAGGGGAAGUGUCUCGUCGUGUGUGACUCGAACCCUUCAUCGGACGGAGGGGUCACGUCCUCCCUCGGCAUCUCGGUGCGCUCCGCCGGGGCAAAGGUAGCUUUUUCGGCCGUGCGUGGAACCAACCACGAGCCGUCGGAGAUGAGCAACACCUCCAUGACUAUCUACUUCGACCAGGUUUUAGUGAACAUCGGCAACCAUUUCGACCUGAAGGCGAGUGUUUUCCAGGCUCCGAGGAGGGGAAUUUAUAGCUUCAGCUUCCACGUAGUGAAGGUCUACAACAGACAAACCAUUCAGGUAAACCUGAUGCAGAAUGAUUAUCCAGUGAUAUCAGCCUUUGCCGGGGACCAGGACGUCACAAGGGAGGCGGCCAGUAACGGAGUACUGCUGAUGGUGGAGCGGGAGGACCGUGUUUACCUAAAGCUGGAGCGAGGCACCCUCAUGGGCGGAUGGAAAUACUCCACCUUCUCAGGCUUUCUGGUCUUUCCUCUAUAAUUCAACCCAGGAUGCAGAGACUCUGCUUGGAUCAACAACAACAUGCAAUCUGUUUUCAUCUCUAAGAACAGCCAAGGAAGCGAUGAAUAUCCUGAUUUCCCUUCUUCUUUCCCUCCUCUUUCUCACAUUCGUCUACUAUUUAGUCUAAUAUGAACCUUGGAGAUCUAAAUAUAUUCUUCAACUUUUUGGCAGAUGGGACGUCGUGGUGGUGUGUUUGGAAUGUUUUUUUUUUCUGGCUUGGGAAACUUUGCCAAAAAGGGACACACAAAAAGGAGGAGAGGACAUAAAGUGGAAGGUGAUGUGUUAUGCUCUAUUUUAAGUUUUGUAUAGCCUUAAAGAUAACAUUUCCGUCCAAGUGAAGUUUAUGGAAUUAUCGGACAACCGCAGAGAAAGAAGUGCUUUUUUUUGCACGAAUGGAAUUUUAUUUUCUUGAUGUUUUUGUGCUGUCAAUGGUUUUAAGUUUGGAUGCUGAAAAAAAGCCAACAUUCAGGCCAGAAGAAGAAGAGUUCUUUAUAACAAGAAGAAGACGCCACAGGAGAGCCUUUUAUUGAAAAAAAAGAAAAAACUAUAAUUUAUUAAGUACAUAUUCACAUUAGUGUGUGUUCUACAUUGCGGAAUCAGCAUAUAGCUUUUGAUUGAUUUUAAUGUUCAGUGACGUUGCUCACUAAAUGUACAAUGUGGAAACAAUAGAAGAAUCCCAAUAUAUGUCCCGCUUAAUAAAAUAUAUUGUAUUGUAUA